UUUGCUCUUUUUCCGUGCUCAAGGCAAGGCACUGUGAAGUUUAGUUUAUAACCCUUGAUUCUGUGACUGCUGGAUCCAUAAGGAUUUUUUUUGUAUUUGUGGCUAGCUAGUGUUAGUGUAAUUCAUUUUUUGUUUAGUUUUGUUGUUGUGGAUUUGAAAGAAGACGUGUUGGAGGCAGGACCAGCAGGUUGAACUCACUAGCUGGUUGUCGUCAAGGUUUCCGGGUUUGGAUGAGAGCUCUUCAGCAGUGAGACAGUGAGAGGCACCUCCACACCCCCUCCACCGCCAUCAUGCCACCGCCCUCCGAUAUUGUCAAGGUGGCCAUCGAGUGGCCGGGGGCCUUCCCCAAGCUCAUGGAGAUAGACCAGAAAAAGCCCCUCUCGGCCAUUAUAAAAGAAGUGUGCGAAGGAUGGUCUUUGGGGAACCACGAAAACUUUGCUCUGCAAAAUGCCGAUUCCACUAAUUUCUACAUCACAGAAAAGAAUCGCAAUGACAUAAAGAAUGGUUCGAUACUGCGACUAACAACAUCUCCUUCUCAGACAGCGGCCCAGCUCCACGAGAGAAUCCAGUCAUCCAGUAUGGAUGCGAAGCUGGAGGCUCUGAAGGACCUGGCCAACUCUUCCAGAGACGUCACCUUCGCCCAGGAGUUCAUCAACCUGGACGGCAUCUCACUGCUCACACAGAUGGUGGAGAGCGGCACAGAACGCUAUCAGAAACUACAGAAGAUAAUGAAGCCAUGUUUCGGCGACUUGUUGUCGUUCACGCUGACAGCGUUUGUGGAGCUCAUGGACCACGGCAUCGUCUCCUGGGAUACCUUCUCUGUCGCUUUCAUCAAGAAGAUUGCAGGUUAUGUGAACAAGUCAGCCAUGGACACGGCUGUGCUGCAGCGGUCCCUGGCCAUUCUGGAGUCCAUGGUGCUCAACAGUCAGGACCUCUACCAGAAGGUGGCGCAAGAGAUCACCAUCGGACAGCUUAUACCCCAUCUGCAGGGGACUGAUCAGGACAUUCAGACCUACACCAUCGCUGUGAUUAACGCCUUGUUCCUCAAGGCCCCAGAGGACAAGAGACAGGAGAUGGCCCAUAUUCUAGCCCAGAAGCAGCUGCGUUCCAUCAUACUGAGUAAUGUGAUCCGGAGCCCUAAGCCAAUCAAUGAUGAAAUGGCCCACCAGCUGUAUGUGCUGCAGGUCCUGACCUUUAACCUCUUAGAGGACCGCAUGAUGACCAAGAUGGACCCUCAGGACCAGGCCCAAAGAGACAUCAUCUUUGAGCUGCGCAGAAUUGCGUUCGACGUGGAGUGUGAGCCGAACAACAGUGGCAGCAUCGAGAAGAGGAAGUCCAUGUACACCCGGGACUACAAGAAGCUGGGCUUCAUUAACCAUGUGAACCCUGCUAUGGACUUCACUCAGAUUCCUCCUGGGAUGCUGGCUCUGGAUAACAUGCUGUACUUCGCCAGACACCACCAGGAUGCCUACAUCAGGAUUGUUCUGGAGAACAGCAGUCGUGAGGACAAGCACGAGUGUCCGUUCGGCCGCAGCAGCAUCGAGCUGACCAAGAUGCUGUGUGAGACCCUCAAAGUGGGAGAGCUGCCCAGUGAGAACUGCCAUGACUUCCACCCCAUGUUCUUCACCCACGACCGCUCCUUUGAGGAGUUCUUCUGCAUCUGCAUCCAGCUGCUCAACAAGACCUGGAAGGAGAUGAGGGCCACCAGCGAAGACUUCAACAAGGUGAUGCAGGUGGUGAGGGAUCAGAUCAUGCGAGCGCUGACACAGAAGCCUAAUUCCCUGGACCAGUUGAAGAGUCGCCUGCAGAACCUGAGUUACACUGAGAUUCUGAAGAUACGCCAGUCUGAGAGGAUGAACCAAGAAGACUUCCAGUCCCGCCCCAUCCUGGAGCUGCGGGAGAAGAUCCAGCCAGAGAUCAUGGAGCUGAUCAAACAACAGAGGCUCAACCGUCUGUGUGACGGAACCUGCUUCAGGAAGAUCAGCAGCCGCCGGAGGCAAGAUAAGUUCUGGUACUGUCGACUGUCUCCGAACCAUAAAGUCCUGCACUAUGGAGAUCUGGAGGAGACCCCUCAGGGAGAGGUGUCCCAUGACUCUCUACAGGAGAAAUUGCCUGUGGCCGAUAUCAAAGCGGUGGUCACUGGUAAGGACUGUCCUCACAUGAAGGAGAAGGGAGCUCUGAAGCAGAACAAGGAGGUUCUGGAGCUGGCCUUCUCCGUCCUCUACGAGUCAGACGAGUAUUUAAACUUCAUCGCUCCAGACAAGCAUGAGUACUGUGUGUGGACGGACGGUCUGAACGCCCUCCUGGGAAAGGAGAUGACCAGUGACUUCACCAAGUCAGACAUGGACACCCUGCUCUCCAUGGAGAUGAAGCUCCGCCUCCUCGAUCUGGAGAACAUCCAGAUUCCAGAGGCCCCUCCCCCAAUUCCCAAGGAGCCUAGCAACUAUGACUUUGUUUAUGACUGCAACUAACUAACCAACCGAUCAAAAUCCCCUAGCUACUGUACUGGACCUACCAACUCUCUCUUUCCUAAAACGGCAACUGGAAAAAAGAAAAAGAAACUAAUGACGAUGAAAAUUAUGAGUGACAGAAAAAGGAUUCUAUUGAACUAGUUUCCUUACUUCUUGCUAUACUUGCUAAACUUUCUUUUUGAAUUAAAGGGUGCGAUUUAAUACGUUUGCGGCGCUUAAUGACUCUUUGCGGCACUAGGUGGCCCACUGACUGAAUCAUCACGUCACCAUGGAGGACAAACCAGGAAGCAUCCAUAUGGGUCCUUUGGGUCCUAAACAUUCUCAACAUUCUCUAAAUGUUGUUGUUUGGUCAUCGCUCUCCAAGAUGUCUUCACAGUCUUCUCACCUCAACCCUGCGCACUCUUCUCUCCUCCUUCACUGAAGAAUCUGCCAUUUGCUUGGGGUUUGUUGUAGAAACUCUCUUUGAUAAACGCUUGGUUGUCCUUUUUCGUUUUGUUGAUUUUCUACAGACUGUUGGAUGAGAGGUGUGGCGUUUUUAUAAAAAUAUAAAGAAGUGCUGGGGACGUUAGUCUUUAGUUCUCCAACGUUCUUUGUGCGUUCAAAAUGGCACCCUAUUUCCUAAAUAGUGCACUACUUUUAGUGCACUAUAUAGGGAAUAAAGUAGCGCACUAUAUAGGGAAUAGGGUGCCAUUUCAGAAGCAGGCUCAGUCUCCCAUUCACGCUUACGUGGCAGCUAAUGUCUCUGAGAGGAAGAAAGGAUCAAGUGUAUUUAAGAUGUUGAAGUGUGUAUUAAUACUUUUCUCCCUGGUAUCUUUCUGCAUACUUCACAUACUGUGUAGACUGUUACAAUACGUGUGUCAUUCUAAAACCUGACACUGUUAUACAAUACGGGAAACUGCCUCUGAAGUUCCUGAAAUCUUCUAUCCUAUAUCACGGCUGCUUUGACCAUGCUGUAUACCCAAACAAACACAACUGUAAUACAUGCUUGCUCAGACAUACACAUCUCUCUUUCCUCCAACUUGAUACCGUUCGAUCAGGCUCGAUUACGACUGCUGUAACUUUUCAAAGCAAUAUUGAGCAACAAAAAAAAUAAUGUUAAGCUGAUGGUGUAAUUUAGUGAUAUUUGUGAUGCUGCCAAGUAGUCAGUAUUGGGGACGUUUGCGUUUUUAGUAAAGGGAAGUUGUUCUCUGUUUGUUUUCAAGAACUAUGUGGCCGUCAAUUUGGAGGUUCAUGGAAAUGUAAUUUAAAAGCAAAUCAUGAGU